GGAAUUAUCAUCGCCCGUCGCUGUUUUCUGUUGUGUUUUUGGGGCCGGGACCGUGCCGUCGUAGGGGGAUAGAAAAGGGAGACAUGCCGUCGCGAUAAUCGCCGCGCGAAAGGGACAGCCGUCGUGGUGCGCGGAGUGCCGCGAGUGCCCGGAGUGAUCCGCGCCGCGCGUCCCAACACGCGCGCGUCCGUCCGUCCGUCGUGCGUCGGCCGCGCCGCGUGCAGGCAGGUGUAAUUUAAUAAGCGCAGGCAGGCUGGGGAGGCUGGUGGCUGGCUGGCGAUUUAACAGGAUAUCGAUUUGUCUGGUGGCGGCGAGCCAGUGCCGCCGCCGCCGCCACCGUUGUCGCCGCCACCGCCGCUGCUGCUCGCGGCACACCGCACAGGACACGCAGCACCGCGUACGGCUGUCAGGCGUUACGGGGACAGCCAUGGACGUCGAUAUUUUUGGGGCACAGCGGUGUGCAGCUGUGCCGUGUGCGUGUGCGACCGCGUGCCCGAUAGGCGACGAGAUGUGACGCUAGACGGCCGCCCCGGCGACGAUUAUUCCGUUUCAACACGAAGAGAAGAGCGUGGCCAGAAGAAGGAGAGAGAGCGAGAAAGAGAGAGAGAGAGAAAGAAAAAAAGAAGAGAAAGGAAGAGAGAGAGAGAGAGAGACACACGCGACACACACGAUUGCGAUUGGUCUUGAACGAGAAGCGGAUGCCUACGUACUACGAGAAGGUCCGUUCGUUGUCGGCUCGUCAUCCGCGAGGAACGCUCUUCUGCUAAGUCGCCAAUUCGAUUGUACGUGUUAAGGUGACCGCCGAUCGUGGAUAACGAUGGAGCUCAACGGCACGGGAACGCCCGUCGGGGCCGUGGCCUGUCCUGUGUGUACCCUGUAUUUGCGCGAGGGCAUCAGUCUGCAGAAGCAUCUGGAUACUCAUCCCAAGGAACAGGUUAUAGAUGCUCUCAUCAAAGCCAGCGCCUCUUCGUCGCAAACGCAGCAGCAGCAGCAGCAGCAACAACAACUACAACAGCAACAGCAGCCCCAGCAAACUCUAUCAGCAUCAUCGUCAGCAACGUCACUACCAUUAUCACUGCAGCCACAGGCUGCGCUUCAGACCCCUACCUCCAUUCAGUCGCCCCAAGCGUCCUCCCAAGUAUCGCAGAACGCGCAAAUUUCUACUCACUCUCCGUAUCCCGUAGGACCCAUAUUCGAAUGUCCGCCCAUAAGCACCAUGAUGCCGCCGCAGUUCACCUCAUUCAGCUAUCAGCAAUUCGUGAACAAUGGGACCAUGAUGAUACCGCAGUACGCGAUGGCGCCGCAGGCCAAUCAGAUGAUGCAGAUGCUGUACAAUCCAUACGGUAUGUACCAACAGCAAAUACCCACCGUCCAAAUGAUCUCACCAGUUGCAGCUAUCCCGGGCGCGACGACGAGGGUACGACCGGUGGUCACUAUGGCCGGGGAGAGCAACGUCAGAACCCUGACGGUUCCUGUAAAUAGUCCCGAGCCGAAGCAGAUUCUGCCGGAGAUCUUGCCGGACGCGGAGCCCGAGUCCGGCCAGAUUAUGCCGGAUGUGAGCCUCUCGGCGUCGCCGGUGCUGCAGAGCGAGGACGCAUCCAUCAGGGCGAGAGAGGAGAGCGACAGCAGCGGCACGCUGCCAAUCGAUCACCGAGGACAGCAGACGCAGAGUUCCACGCCUUCCGACGAUAGCACGGUGCAGCACGAAUACAAUGCUAUCACUAGAUCUAUUACAAUUGCUUGCGCUAUAGAUAAUGCCGACGACAAAGUGGAGAGUGUAUUGCCGGACAUGGUGGAUGAGGAGCCGUCAAACAGCCACAUUUCGACCGUAGACUUGCAGUGUAAAUCUGUAACGUACGAGCAACCGGAAACGCAACAGUUUACGCAGCAGGUCAUCGAGGAGGGAUACGCGAGUGUAUCCAAUAGUAAAACACCCAUGUGCACAAUUGACAUUGACUCUUGCGAGCGCGAAACGGAGAUGACGAGUGACGGGAGGCCGGCGAGUCGCAGCAGCGCCGUCAACAAUAAUGUUGGAUCACCGCGGGAUCUGAUAGCAAUAGACGCACUGAAGGACUCCGUUCAACCCGAGCUUAAUUCGGUAGAAAAAUUGGAGAAUUUGAUAACCAUAAUGGAGACGGAGCUCAAUAACGCUUCACUGCAGAAAGAUAGUGACGCGCAAGACGAUCGGGAGGGAUUGGUGGACGUGAAGGAGAAAACCCCUGUGGUGGAUAGGGAGGAGAGCGUGAUUCACGAUACGGUAGUCACGAUCUCGGGCUCUCACGAGAAGGAUCAUGCGUUGCUCGACAUACAGGAGGAGAACAAGUGGGACUCGAGCAAUUACCUGGCUAGCGAACUGAGAAUGUUAGAAAAAACGUGCUCGUCGCACAGAGCGGACUCGAAGAUGAAUGAAGCGCUGGAACGGCUGGAGCGGACUUUUCACUCGGAUAAUUAUAAGUAUAGUUUUUCAGCGCCCGCGUCCCCGGUCGCGAGAAGGAAGGGCACGACCCGCAGGGCCGCGCGUCGUUUAUACAGAUCGCGUUCGGAGCACGGCUCGUGCGAAAACCUCGGCGCGUAUCGUCACCGCGUCGGCUUCGACGACGCCGCAGCCAUGCACGACGACGACGACGACGACGACGACGAUGACGACGACGAGGACGACGAGGACGUGGACGAGGACGAGAAGAUCGACGAGGAGGACAACUUUGACGAGGCGGACAUGGAGAUCGACGAGAUCCCCAGCCCGCACACGCCUUUCGCGGACUGCGGCGUCAGGUCGCACACGCCGCUGUCCACGAUCAGCGGUAUUUCAGUGUUAAGAGUCAGAAAGGAUCUCAGCAAGCCGUGCUCACCCACAUCCAUACAUUCGUUUCACCACGUGGACAGCGAUAGCGUAACGCACGACGAGGACAGCAACGGCGUGGGUAAUAUCGCGGAGAAGGAUCCGAUCGACUGUUCUCAGGUGGAGGAGGAGAAAAUCAAGACUGAUCAUCAGCAUCAGGAGGCGCAGGUGGCGGCGGUGUGCGGAAGCGUUGCGAAGAUUCAGGAAUCGAGCAGCAGCUACGCGUAUCAUCAGUCAGUGAUAACCGAGCACAUUAGUUCAUUCCCCGUGAUACACUCGCAGUCGUCCGUCUUGAUGCACGAGUCGUACUCGAUUACGACGAGCACCAAGACGCAGAACCUCCUGAAUCUCUCCGAGUCGAUAAAUCCCACAACCAGCACCGAGUCCAGGAGCUUUCACUCCGCCAAGUCGUUGAUGCCGAAGCAAUCGAUGGAACUGCUCAACAUAAAUGAGGAUGCUCACGCCGGGCCAAUGAAUGUCUUUGAAUUCGACGGACUGCAAAUAUUAGUUCCUAGUACGUUUAUAAGUGACUCGUCUCAGAAAGCGGUGAGUGCCACGAGCCAGCAAUCUAUGGCGAGUAGCGAGGGUGCAAUAGGUAUCGACGAGGAGGUGAAGAGUAUUAAUAUGCGUGCCGAUGAGACCAUGCCGCCCAGGGGCGAAUUGUCGGAACAGGAGAGUAACGGAUGCACGGAGCAAUCUGCAUGGCAGUUGUACAUGGGUCAAGAAUCUUCGCGCAUGUCCACUUCUUACGAUCUGUUGGCUCGAGAAAGCUGGGAAGAAUCAGAAGGAUCCGACAACGAGAUCAGCGGGCCGUUGUUGGACAGUAGAUCGUUGGCCACGCACUUUACUUCGAGUCUGUUUCUGGAUCGCGACCGGAAGACACCAACCAAACGAACAUUCAAGUGUUCCCACUGUAGCGAAGUGUUUGAUUGUCCGAAGGAACGUAGAGUUCAUAGCACAACGGUGCACAAGGAUGCGAUGCCCAGUAGCAGUAGAGACCAGUUGGACCAGCCGGAGGUGAAGGACAUCAAGUUGCUGGACAGUCGCAUGAACAUGUUCGACGAUAUAUUCAUGCCGAGUAUACACAUGCAACAACACAUGUACCAUCAGCAGCCGCUCUUGCACCAGCUGCAGCCACCGUCGCAGCCGGAGUCGGACGGCCUGACGAAGGCCGAGGCCGACCAGAAGAUCGGCGAGAAUCUGGUGAUACCGUCGAACAUCGAGGUGAUUUGCACGAUUUGCAAUCAGCGAUUCAACAGCGAGAAGUCUCUGCAGGCGCAUCAUCGGCGCAUGCAUAUCGCCGACGUGAACAAACGCAUACGCGAGACCGCCAAGUGCCAGAUAUGCAACGAGGAAUUCCCGUCGGUGUUCCUGUUCAACGCCCACCUGAAGAUACAUCCGUUGGAGUGCGGGCAGUGCGGCAAGUAUUUUUACCGCAAGCAGAACUUCAAGCUUCACAUGAAGCGCCAUUUGGGCAUCAAGCCGUUCCCAUGUACCGUGUGCGACAAGGCGUUCCUCACCAAGCAGAAGCUGGAGGAGCACACCAACGGCCACACCGGCAACGCGCCCGUCAGGUGUAGCCUGUGCAACGAGACCUUCCGCCGAUACUCGAAUCUGACCCAACACAAGAACAGGCAUCACCUCAACAUCAAGAAGAAGCUCAAGGACUACAUAUGCCACUGCGGCGAGGUGUUCCACACGAAGAAGAAGCUCGCCUGGCACAAGGAGACGCACGACGAGAAGCCGAAGGCGUGCACGUACUGCAACGAGCGGUUCAUCCACAUGGCCAGCCUGACGCGUCACAUGCGUCGCGCUCACAAUCGCCGAUUCGUCCCCGACGCCCAGCGCGAGAGCGAGAACGUCGAGUGCCCGAUCUGCAAGUGCAUCUACCUGCGAUCGUCGCUGGCGGUGCACAUGCGCGUGCACAACGGCGAGCGGCCGUACGAGUGCCAGGUCUGCUCCAAGGCGUUCAGCACCAAGUGGAACCUGCAGCUGCACAAGUGGACGCACGCGGCGCGCAGCACCAAGCCGUUCAAGUGUAAUCAGUGCAGCGCGGCGUUCUACCGUCACAGCGAUUACACGGCCCACAUGAAUUCCCAUCGGAACGUGCGGCCGUACACGUGCAACUACUGCGGCGCGCAGUUCAUCCGCAAGUACAACUGCCUGCGGCACGUGAAGGAGCACGAGGAGAACAAGGCGUACACGUGCGACGUCUGCAACAAGACCUUCCACCGCUCGUACUAUCUCAAGGAGCAUCUGCGAGUGCACUCGGGCGCGCGGCCGUACACGUGUCACAUCUGCGGCAAGUCCAGCGGCACCAAGUCCAAUCACAACAAGCACGUGCGAAUCCAUCACGCCCGCGAGCCUGUAAAUACCGAGAAUUGAAUGAUGAUCCACGUCAGAUCAUCCACGUUUCCGCGCUACGUUUCUAUUUGGCGUACUCAUUGUCGCGAUCUUGAACGGAGUCCGGAGUCAACUCAGCGCGAUCAUCGCCCGCGCUGUACUUAUAGCGAGAUUACAGUUCUCAGGAAACUGGAACUAUACUUUUACACUUUUCAUCGGGUAUCGAUGUAAUAUCUCGACGAGUUUUUGGAGUCCCCAGGACUGCGAUUUGAGGAUACAAGGUGUUUUCGCUCACUCACAUUUCCAUUAGAAAAUACUACGAUCAAACUGAGGAAACGAAGAUAAUAAUGGAUGGCAUAUUGAUCUUAGCAUCUCGUCUACGAAACGAAGCUUUCUGUGUGAGAGGCUUAUUUACUAAUCUACUAUAGUACUACUAUUUACUAUUAGUAGUUUUUCCUCGACUGUAUGCCUUGUAUUUGAAUGCGGAAUCUCCUCAGGAAAAUCGCAGUGAUUUUUACAGUGAGUAAAAAACACCUGUACUCUUACAUCGUGCUCCACGCUAUGUGGAUGCUCUCCCGCGUACCUGUUAGGCACGUUAGAAGCCGAGCUCGUCUGGAAGUUGUGACAACGGUGUUAAUCCUAGUUUUAAACCGAUUUUCGAACUUGGCUUGGUUCAGCCUGAAUUCUCUGACGCGGGACGGUCGUGCUAACUGGUUAGCAAUUUGCUGUCCCCCCCCUUCGAAAUUAUAGCUGCAAUUACCGUCGGUACUACGAAAUUUAGUUAAGAUUAUUUAGCGCCGAUCGACGUACGAGUGAAACGGCAUGUCGAUGUUUUUCAUUGUACUUGAUCGGAAAGACGCGUACGUAUGUUCGCGCGACACGGAGGGAAAGAUAUUUAAACGAAUAUGUACGGCUGUACGCGUAUACGUGCCGAUGACAAUGAAUUAAGUCACCGUAACGGUAUUCGAGUGCUGAGUCUAAAGCACUGGGUCUACUGUUAAGGGUUUUUAUUCAAUUUCGUACAUACGAGUAUACAUACUACGUUAUACACGCCGUACAUUUUUAAUAUUAUUAUACUAUAAAGGUACAUGAAUUUUUUAUAUAUAUCCGAAAGUGUCUUAUGGUAACACUUUAAGCAUUGCCAUACGUAGAAUAAUUCGGAGGCAUCAUUAACUUUGUCGUCCGUGUGCUUUAAUUCUAGACGAGUAAAUUAAUCCUAUCUAAAGUCUUUCGUUUAUUUCUCUUUUUGAUCAAAUCGCUAUUAAGCAACUGUUACGUCAGUUAUUAAUUUUUUUGUUAAUGAAUGUGACAUUUUUUUCUUUAUUUCUUAAUUAAAUUCAUUAAUGCACCGACUU